ACGUGACCGCGGCCGCGCCUGGGCGACGCCGGCGCCCGGGCAAGAUGGCCGCGCACCUGUCGUACGGCCGGGUGAACCUGAACGUGCUGCGCGAGGCGGUGCGUCGCGAGCUGCGCGAGUUUCUGGACAAGUGCGCGGGGAGCAAGGCAAUUGUGUGGGAUGAAUACUUAACAGGACCAUUUGGACUGAUUGCACAGUAUUCACUACUAAAGGAACAUGAAGUGGAAAAAAUGUUCACACUUAAAGGAAAUCGUCUGCCGGCAGCUGAUGUCAAGAAUAUCAUUUUUUUGGUCAGACCCAGGCUAGAAUUGAUGGAUAUAAUUGCUGAGAAUGUGCUCAGUGAAGACAGACGGGGCCCUGCCAGGGAUUUCCAUAUUUUGUUUGUGCCCCGCCGGAGCUUGCUGUGUGAACAGCGGCUGAAGGACCUGGGUGUCUUGGGAUCCUUUAUCUAUCGAGAGGAAUACAGUUUAGACCUCAUUCCGUUUGACGGGGACCUCUUAUCCAUGGAAUCAGAGGAUGCAUUCAAAGAGUGCUACCUGGAGGGCGACCAGACGAGCCUGUACCACGCAGCCAAGGGGCUGAUGACCCUGCAGGCGCUGUAUGGGACCAUCCCCCACAUCUUUGGGAAAGGAGAAUGUGCUCGGCAAGUGGCCAACAUGAUGGUCAGGAUGAAGAGGGAGUUCACGGGAAGCCAAAACUCUGUGUUCCCCGUGUUCGAUAACCUCCUGCUGCUCGAUCGGAACGUGGAUCUGUUAACGCCGCUCGCCACCCAGCUCACGUACGAAGGACUCAUCGAUGAGAUUUACGGGAUUCAGAACAGCUAUGUGAAGUUACCGCCAGAGAAGUUUGCGCCCAAGAAGCAGGGCGGCGGUGGCGGGAAGGACCUUCCCACGGAGGCCAAGAAGCUCCAGCUGAAUUCUGCAGAGGAGCUUUAUGCCGAGAUCCGAGACAAGAACUUUAAUGCAGUGGGCUCUGUGCUCAGCAAGAAGGCAAAGAUCAUCUCAGCAGCCUUUGAGGAGAGGCACAAUGCCAAGACGGUGGGGGAGAUUAAGCAGUUCGUUUCCCAGCUGCCCCACAUGCAGGCCGCCAGGGGAUCUCUCGCCAACCACACCUCAAUUGCAGAGUUAAUCAAAGAUGUCACCACUUCUGAAGACUUCUUUGAUAAGUUAACCGUGGAGCAAGAGUUCAUGUCCGGGAUAGACACUGAUAAGGUCAACAGUUACAUCGAGGACUGCAUUGCCCAAAAGCACGCGCUCAUCAAGGUGCUGAGGCUGGUUUGCCUGCAGUCUGUGUGCAACAGCGGACUCAAGCAGAAGGUCCUGGACCACUACAAACGGGAGAUUCUCCAGACCUACGGCUAUGAGCACAUACUGACCUUGAACAACCUGGAGAAGGCCGGCCUGCUAAAGGCUCAGAGGGGCAGAAACAAUUACCCGACGAUUCGGAAAACGUUACGGCUCUGGAUGGACGACGUCAAUGAACAAAACCCCACAGACAUAUCCUACGUGUACAGUGGGUAUGCGCCCCUCAGCGUGAGACUCGCUCAGCUCCUUUCCCGGCCGGGGUGGCGGAGCAUCGAGGAGGUUCUCCGAAUUCUCCCGGGACCCCACUUUGAAGAACGGCAGCCACUGCCCACCGGGCUACAGAAGAAACGCCAACCAGGAGAAAACCGAGUCACACUGAUAUUUUUCCUCGGGGGUGUCACCUUUGCGGAAAUUGCCGCCCUGCGCUUCCUCUCCCAGUUGGAAGAUGGAGGCACUGAGUAUGUAAUUGCAACCACUAAACUGAUGAAUGGAAGCAGCUGGAUAGAGGCUCUCAUGGAAAAUCCACGAUAAGUCUGGAAGACGACCAUGCCCAGAACCGUGGUUUUGUGUUGACGACUAAGCCAGCAUUGACCGAGUGCUUGCUCUUUCCUACAGAGAAGAGCACAUUUGUGUCUCCAGUCCCUACCAAUUUGAUUCCUAAGGCAAGUUUUGCUUCUGAAAAAUCAAGAAGCUUGGAGGACUUGCUGAUGUAAGAAGUUCCUGCGCUCUCUGAUUUAGCUGCACCUGUGCAGGUUCCCUGCCUGUGAAGGACUCUCUGCUGAAGAUCGAGCUGAUUACCGGGCAGCUUCUGCGAAUUAGCCGUCCUAAAGCACUUCUGAGUGCGUGUGUUAUCUCCAAGACAGGCCAGUGUAGAUGCCGCUGCAGGGGCUUCAGUUUUCUCCAGUGUCCCUUGUGACCCCAGCAUCCAGCUGAUCCUCCUAUUGUGAGUAGUGGCAGCUUUUCAGUUUCUUCAUGACACUCUGUCACCGUGGUAACUGCCAUAUGCACCUCUCUAGCACUCUGGCUCUACUCAAGUUCACACAUCCCCCUUGCUUGAAAAUACUCAGCUGCUCAGCCCCUGGUGUGGUGACCGUGGCCACCUAGGUCAGUCUUAGUCCAGCAGUGGCAGGUGCCACCACUGCUGCGGGAGUGAGCCAUGGCCAAGAGCAGGCAUGUUGGUGGAGCUGGGAGUUCAUGUGUGUUUCCACCCACCUCCUCAUCUCAGCAGCUGGAGCAGUGAAGGGCACCAGCAUGGGACCCCGUUGAUGGCUUUUCUGUCAUCAUUUAAGUCUUCAGGAAAAUUAGCCUGUCUCAACAUUGUCCAGGUCCCAACCCAGGUGUGGUUUCUAUGGUCAAUUACUAACCACAGUUUUCUUCUCAUUUUCUUCAUGUAAGAAUUAAGAACAAUACACUGCACAUUAUAAGUGAAAGAAAGCAUAUUAAAACAAAAAAAA